UCGUCAACCACCUCGGUAGCUUGCUAGCCAACAUAGCCGAACGAUUAAAGCUGUUACGCUUUCGGUGUAUAUUAGCUAGUGUGUUUUAGACACACUUCUGUCGUAUCUACUUGUUAACCUAUUUAAUUUAAUAUUACGUUAUUUUGUAUUAGUCAGCUAUAGUAGUUGGCUGGUUAAGUUAGCAAUAGCCUAGUUGCUAAUGAUAGCUAGCUAGCUAAUAUCCCCGACCAUGAGCUCCAUUAAGUACUCCCCUCUUGUUAAAGAAGCGGUCUGCUGGUCGGAGAAAGAAGCUCUUGUGAAAGAGGAGGAGGAAGAAGAGGACGUCACAGUAAAAAAAGAGUGUGAGGCUGUUACAAUGAAAGAAGAGAAAUAUGUUUCAGUGAAAGAAGAGGAAGAUGCCUUCAGAGUGAAAGAGGAGGAGGAUGUUACAGUAAAAGAAGAGGAGGCAGAGAAAGAGGAGGAUGCAGUUUUUGAAGUGAAGGAGGAGAAAGAGAGAAUAUUGACAGAGGAGUCAGGAGAUCUGAUUACCACCCGAGAGAGAUGUGACCAUCGUGAAUCCUCUGGGGAGUCUCAACAACAUCAUGAUGCUGAAGAGGCAGAGAAGAGUCUCUCCAGAUCAGAACACCUCAAGAAACACCAUCAGAGACACACAGGAAAGAAACCACACUGCUGCUCUGACUGUGGGAAACGUUUCAAAUCUUCAUCAGAACUUAAAAAUCACCAGCGGGUACACACAGGGGAGAAGCCUUAUAGCUGUAAUCAAUGUGGGAAGAGUUUUACUCAUUCAAGUAAUCUGAAAACACACCAGAGAACACACACAAGAGAUAAGCCUUACAGCUGUGAACAGUGUGGCAAGAGUUUUACUCAGGCAAGCAACCUGGUAUCACACCAGAGAACACACACAGGAGAGCAGCCAUACAGAUGUGAUCAGUGUGGCAAGAGUUUUACUCAGUCAAGCAACCUGGUAUCACACCAGAGAAUACACACAGGAGAGCAGCCGUAUAGCUGUGAGCAAUGUGGGAAAAACUUUUCUCGGGGAGAACGCCUUAAAGAGCACCAGAGAACACACACAGGGGAGAAGCCUUAUAUCUGUGACCAGUGUGGCAAGAGUUUUACUCAGUCACGCAACCUGCUAUUACACCAGAGAACACACACAGGAGAGCAGCCAUAUAGCUGUGAGCAAUGUGGCAAGAGUUUUACUCAGUCAAGCAACCUGGUAUCACACCAGAGAACACACACAGGAGAGCAGCCAUAUAGCUGUGAGCAAUGUGGGAAAAGAUUUUCUCGGAUAGAACACCUUAAAGGACACCAGAGAACACACACAGGGGAGAAACCUUAUAGCUGUAAUCAGUGUGGGAAGAGUUUUACUCAGUCAAACAGCCUGAAUAGACACCAGAGAACACACACAUGAUAGAAAUCAUAUAGCUGUAAUCAGUGUGGGAAGAGUUUUAUCACCAGAGAGCACACACAGGAGACACUGAUCUGCUCUGACUUUGAAGAGCUUUGCUUCCCUAAGAAACCUGACACAACACCAGAGAACACACACAGGAGAGAAGCCUUAUAGCUGUGAUCAGUGUGACAAGAGAUACUCUCAUUCAAGUGGUCUGAUUCAACAUCAGAAAAUACAUGCAGGAGAUCCACAGGGUGUAGAAUAACCGACACCAGACCUAUAUACAUCAAAUCACAUUUUAUUUGUCACAUACACUUGUUUAGCAGAUGUUAUUGUGGGUGUAGAAAAAUGCUUGUGUUUCUAGCUCCAACAGUCAAAUUAACAAUACACACAAUAUAAAG